AUGGUUGACUCUGCAGGUGUUUUUGAGGAGACCUUAGUCAAUCUUGUGGUUCCAUAUGGGUUCCUGAAUAAUGAAUGGCCAAGAGGAAGAACAGUGGACCAGGAAGUAAGGUUAUCAGCUAAGAUUGAGGAUGAGGUAAAAGGUGCUGGAGGACCAGUCACAACCUCUCGUCCAUCUUUGCCUCUAUGGAUGAUUGCCCUCAUUGUGUUUGGAGUGUUGGCAAUCCUGGGAAUAACUAUUGGUCUCCUGGUUCAUUUUCUGGCACUAGAAAAUACAACCUACUAUUACCAAGGUAGCUUUAAAGUGUUGGAUAUCCCAUAUAACAGAAAUUAUCAAAGAGAGACAUCACUGGAAAAUAACCAUCUUAGCAAAAUUCUUGAGACCAAGAUGGUUGAUGCAUUUCAAAGUUCUAGCAUUUACAGACAAUAUAUCAAUUCUCAAGUCAUCACACUGGUUCCUCAUAACAACAGUGUCACUGCACAUAUAUGGCUAGUAUUCAAGGCUCCCAGAUCAAUGAAGGAAAACACAAGAAGAAGAAUUGAAAGCAUCUUACAUCAGAUGCUGAGGAACCAUGCAGGCUCUCUGACUACAGAUCCUAAUUCUCUUAGACUCAUGGAAAUCAAUAAGGUUCAUGCUGAAAAGAUUAUCAACAACCGCUGUGGGACACGAGCAAGGAUGUCAACUACGUAUGAUAGAAUCAGGGGGGGUUCCAAUGCUCAGAAAGGAGAAUGGCCGUGGCAAGCAACUCUCAAAAAGAAUGGCCAACACCGCUGCGGGGCAUCUUUGAUCAGUGAAAGAUACCUGGUGACUGCAGCUCACUGCUUUCAAAAGACAAACAAUCCAAAAAACUAUACUGUCAGCUUUGGCACCAGAGUAAAUCCCCCUUAUAUGCAACGUUAUGUUCAACAAAUUAUUGUUCAUGAAGACUACAUCCAGGGUGAACAUCAUGAUGAUAUUGCAGUUAUACAGCUCACUGAAAAAGUCUUAUUUCAGAAUGAUGUACAUCGAGUUUGUCUUCCUGAAGCCACGCAGGUUUUUCCACCAGGUGAAGGAGUUGUUGUUACAGGAUGGGGAGCAUUUUCAUAUAAUGGUAAAUACCCAGAGGUACUUCAGAAGGCACCUGUGAAGAUUAUUGACACAAACACUUGUAACUCUAGGGAAGGAUAUGAUGGUUUGGUAUCAGAUACGAUGCUGUGUGCUGGGUACUUGGAAGGAAGUAUAGAUGCCUGCCAGGGUGACUCUGGAGGACCACUAGUUCAUCCCAAUUCUCGAAAUAUUUGGUACCUUGUUGGAACAGUGAGCUGGGGAGAAAAAUGUGGUGAAGUCAAUAAGCCAGGUGUCUAUAUGCGAGUGACUGCCUACCGCAACUGGAUUGCCUCUAAGACUGGUAUUUAA